GUUAGAUGCCACUGCUUUGUCAAGCUUUGUAUCAACUGUCCACUUUACAGUCUACCUAAUUUAUACCCCAAGCAGAAUACAUGGUUGGUCUGAAAAUGACGAAAUAUACUGUCCUUAUUUGUGCUGUGUUGAUAAGUGAACUAAUACUCCAAGGGGUUGCACAAUCACAAGACAAAGAAGACUGGAUUGAUCCGUUUGACAUGAUUAAUUUUGACCAUGCUUCUGGCAAGAUGACCCAGCCUGCUCAGAAAGCAGAAGCACCAAAGAAAGCUAAGGAAGUGAAGUCUACAGCAGAGGCACAUGUUCCACUUAAUGGUAGUGGAGGAAUGGCUAAAAACAGAAAAGGAGGUAGUGUCAAAUCAGAAGAGGUGCAGACAACAACUAGCCAAACACCUCACAACAACCAGCAAAGGGAGACAAUCAAGAACACAUCGCCCCCUGAGAGACCUGCACAUCAUAGUCCAGUGUACAAAACAUUGUACAGAAAGCAUGUUAAAAUGUUACUUGCUAAAUGGAACAGCCAGGCAUCAGAGGGUGAUGUGGCUGUUAAUAUGGUUAUAUCCCUGUCAACCAGUGACCUCAGCCUUCUCAGAUCUUUCUGUGAAACAGGUCAUGGACAUGCCUCCGACGUAGAUGAAAUAUUACAGAAGAUGAUCAUUCGUGUGGAUUUACCAAACAGUUCAAAUGCCGAGGGAUAUUUCGAGGUUAAAGCCUUGGGCAUUUCUUUAUCCACUUUGAUACAGAUCCUUGCUAUCAUUGCACUACUCUGUGUCAUUCUUCGGUUUCAAAUGACACUAAAGGCAUCAUGGUUCCAGAUACUCAUUAAACUGGUCUUUCUGAUGUUUUUCAUCAGCGUCCCCUGGACCUGGUAUCAUAUGUAUAAGCAAGAGGAAGCAAGGCAGCAAAGUGAGUUGAUGAAGAAUAUCCCAGAGGUGUGUCUGAAGCGCAAGUUGGCAUGGUAUGAGUUGGUGGCUGAGUAUGCCCGUUCAGCCUUCACGCUGUCAGAGGACCAGUGUGCCAGAUACUAUGAGCAGAUGCUGGUUGACCCCUUCUGGAGAGUGGCACCCACUGAGGCUCUUGCAGUAGCCACUGUGAGGUUUUUUGUGAGCCCAAUGAAGCACAUAGGGAAGGGAUUAAGUGAGUUUAUUAGGGAGAUGUUCCAACACUUGCCCGUCAUUCUGUGGCCUGUUAUACUGGUGUGUGGGAUGAUCAUCCUUAUUCUACUGCUGCUGUUCGUGUUUGGAUACAGCAUCCGUGUGCCCUUCUUCCUCUCUAUAGAGUCCAGUCAGUCUACCAGCUUGAAACACAGACUUGAAGUCAUGACUGCACAGGCGUCAUCAAAGGACAAACAGAUUGAAGCCUUACUUGAUAAACUACAGAGGUCUGACAAAGAGCAUUUGAGUAUUACCAGCUCUGCCCCUCGACUUGAUACGGUGCUCGACGCAGUUCAAGGGCAGAGAACUCUGCCAGAAUCCUCCAGGGCUCACUUGUCAAUUUCAGAUGGCAAUGUACAGGAUAACAGGAAUUGUGUUCAAUCCAUGAGGGUUGAGACCUUGAACUCUGACCUUAUGUCAGCCUUAUCUACCGCAGAACCCAUCAAUCCUGCACUGAUGGAACAUGCCCCAAAAUUAUCAGCUUGCCCUAGUCCCUUAGACGGCAUGCCCACUGAUGUAAGUCAGCCAAAUCUCCAGCCUAGUCCAUUCAAACAGCUACCUUACUCUAACAAUGCCUCCAAACCAGAAAAGACACCAGAGAAGGAGAGUAAGGUAGACUAUUCCACUGGUGAUCACCAAUCCCUGAAGCCUCUCCAAUCAAAUGUGCACAGUUUACCCCAUUCCCAUGAGCCUUCCCAUGUUGAAGACAUACCUGUCAGUAUGACACGGAUGGUGUGACAAAUGGAAGACGUCUGCUGUAGAUCUGCACAUAAAUACCCAUAUGUAGGACUGAUUUUGAAUGGCUUUGGAGAUUUACAUAAGGUAUAAAAUGCAUAGUUAAAUUUUUAUCAUGUUACUUAUUUGCAUGAAGGAAGAAAUGUGAAAAAAUAUGUAAGUUAUUUUUUGUAAUAAUUCUUGUUUUGUGUUUUAAGUGCUUCAGUGUAGAGUUCAUGUGACUUUGUGUUAGACAGUGGUCUUUGGUAAGGUAAGCAGGCUGAUGAAUAUUGAGCCUGUAAUACUUUAAUACUGCCUCUCUUACCAGUGUGAUUUAAUGAUACUGUACAUGAGUGAUGGGGAGGGAGUCAUGGGAGAGUGGUUAAGGUGCUGCUUUUUUGCUCACUGAGUGCUGGUUCAAUGCAGGCAUUAGACAUUUCCUUUGUGAUAGCUAAUGUCUGUUUAAAAUGACUUGUCUUCACCAAUAUGGUGUACAUAUCUUCCCGUCACACAUAGGUAGGAGACCGGCCCAGGUAGCACGGUAGAGCAUCUGCUUUGGGAGCGGUAGAUCCAGGGUCAGUCCUGGGUCCAGUCACACCUAAGACCUAAGUUGUAACUUCCUCGCUUGGCGUUCAGCAUGAAGGGGAUAGUGCAACUACUGGUUAACCCAUAUCAGUAUAAUGGCUCGGGCGGGGCUGCUUACUUGCCUUCAGUAAGGCGUCUCAGUGAAGUAGAACUAGAUAAAAGAGCGGUGGAAAUCCGUCCUGCAACAAGUAGGCACAUUACAUGCUUUCUAAAGAUUCCUUCGUCAUCGUGCGACUGAAAAAUUGACGUUAAACCCCAAGCACUCACCCACUCAAAGGUGGUUUUACUUUAGGGACUGGCAGCUUACAUGCAGUCAGUGACUGUUUUUACUGAUCUUUACUAAGUUUAAAGGUUUGUUUUAAGUUUUAGAAGUGUUUACUAUCUUUUUCGAUAUUGUCCAUUUUUGAAAGAAGUCAGCUUGCACAUGUACUGCUGUUUAUUAAUUUUACGACCCCAGUUUGUGUAAGUUCAGCAUGCAUUGUGGAGUUCUCUUCACUCCAUUGAAUUCAUUUGUCAGAAUAUGCAAUCAGAAAGGUAACAAACGUGUGUAUACAUUAUUUACAGAAGAUUUGUUUAUUUCACAGAAUACUUUAUGAGGUAUCUUACAUCUGAAAAAAAGAGCAUGGGUAGUGGUAGCAAUAUUUUGUUUAAUUUUUAUGGCCUCUGUAAUAUUUUUUGUCCAUACUUUGUGUUAUAUUUCUGUACAUUCUGCCAGUGACUUUCUGGUACAUGCAUCUCAGACCCAUUGCACCAUCUACUUAAUGUGGCUUGUUGUCAGGGCUCUUAAUUUCGUUUAUGUUCUGUGUUCCAAGAUUAUUGUGUACGUUCCCAAAGUGUCCCAGGUGUUCACACUGUUCUAUACUUGUACAUACAUUUCUGCUGUUGACUAGAACGAGGCCUGCAUCUGUGUGUAAUAUUUUGUUGAUGUUUUCAGUUAAAAAAAAAAAACACAAAAGUGGGUGUAUUUGUUAUAUGUUC